ACCAUCAAAGAAAGUAGAGCAAGAGUUCUCUUAGUAUCCAGAGCUUUGUUAUCAAAAUGCAUUCGAGAAUUCCCUUUGUAGUGUUGCUACUUUCAUUAUUAUCUUCAAGCUUCCUCCAGAUUGCCUUAGGUGCUCUGAGGAACGACAACCAAGCGCAACCUGUAGGUGUUACCUAUGGAACAUUUGCUGACAAUCAACCGUCAGCUCAAGAAGCCGUGGGUCUUGUCCAAUCUGUCGGGAUCAGGAGAAUUAGACUUUAUGGCCCGGACCAUAAUGCUCUGAAUUCCCUCAGGAACACGGGCAUUGAAGUUGUGCUUGGCGUCCCCAACGACCAUCUCCCGUGGAUUGCCUCUAACCAGGACAACGCCAAGCAGUGGAUCCAAGGCAAUGUCCAAAACUAUCAGAACGUCAAUUUCAGGUUCAUUGUUGUUGGCAAUGGAAUUACUCCGUUCCACGACCAGACUUCCCAGUUCGCGCAGUUUGUCCUCCCUGCCAUGCAAAACAUCCAGAACGCAAUUUCUGCAUUCGGCCUCCAGAACAAAAUGAGAGUCACCACAGCCGUGGACCAAUCCGAGAUUCUUAACGUGAACUAUCAGCCAUCACAGAGUGAAUUCAGGCCCGAAGCCAGACAAUUCAUCGAUCCAAUCAUCCAAUUCCUAGUUCACAACAACAAUGCACCCUUGCUCGUCAACCUUCACCCUUUCUACAGCUUAGUGCACGUAAAGGAAGACAUCCCUAUGGACUUAGAAGCUCAAGCCCACCGCGAAUCCAGAAGUGCUCGUUUUGAUUACGCUACUUUCAGGUCUGCACAAACUCGUGUCCAAGACGGACCACUUAUCUACACAAACUUGUUUGAUUCAAUGGUGGACAGUGUACACGCCGCGCUAGAGAAGGCUGGCGGAUCCUCCUUGGAUGUGGUGGUCUCCGAAGUAGGAUGGCCAACGGAAGGACACUCUGCAGCUACUAUUGACAACGCCAGGACUCAUAACAACGGAUUGAUUAAUCAUGUACAGAGCAUUGGGACUCCAAAAAGACCUCAGAAGCGUAUUGAGACUUAUAUCUUCAAUUUGUUUGACGAGAACAAGAGGGAUCCGGAGGUCGAGAGGCACUGGGGAAUCUUCUGGAACAACAAACAAGCCAAGUACAACAUCAAUUUCCAAAAUCAGUAAUAAGUUUAAGUAUAAAAUAGCAGUUUAUCAUUAAUAAAAGGGUUCGGGAAUGCAUGAGUACCGACGAAGAACCAAUUUUACAGACUGCUGUUUGUUUGUAACAAAGCUUUAUGAGAAAUUAUCUUGAAUAAAAUAAAUAAACAAGGCUCAUGUUAUACAAAUU